ACAGGCAAUACUUUCAGUUGCUAGCCCAGUCAUGCUGCCAGUGUUGUAGAGAUUGGUGCUUCUAUUCUCUCAGCUCCACCGACCUAAUACCUAACAGAUUAUUUCAGCAGGAGAUGGAGGCGACGGAGAUGCCAGAAACAGAAGAGGAACAAGCGAUGGUAAGGUUCACCACAGUGGACUACACAGUGUUCAUUCUCAUGCUAGUGGUGUCCGUCGCUAUUGGGGUGAUCAGCGCCGUCAGGAGCCGGGAUAAAGCCACCACACAAGAGUACCUGCUAGGAGGCAGGGCCAUGUCUCCAGUACCAGUGGCCUUGUCUCUGCUAGGAGGAUGGAUCUCUGCAAUUUCGAUUUUAGGUAAACCUACCGAGAUAUAUUUCUUCGGUACACAACUUGCCAUGGCUCUGCUAGGCUGCGUCCCGGGUUGUAUCUUCGUGGGUCUAGUCAUCCUACCAACGUUCUACCAGCUCAAACUUGUCUCCAUCAACGAGUAUAUUCAGAUAAGGUUUGGGUCACGGUUACUGAGGACAUUAACAACGUUGUGUUUGUUGCUUACAAACGUUAUCUACAUGGGUGUAGUCCUCUAUGCUCCUACAAUGGCUUUAUCUACUGUCACUGGCAUCUCUAUAUGGGCGUCCACGCUCACCAUGGGCAUCAUAUGCACCUUCUAUAUAACAAUUGGAGGUGUUAGGGCCGUGGUGUACACUGACGUGCUACAGACACUGAUCAUGUUCGGUGGAGUGCUGGCGGUGGUCAUCAUCUGUUGUGUUGACCUGGGCGGUGUUGACAACGUUUGGGACAUCGCUCUCCAGGGAGGUCGCAUUAAAUUUUUUGACCUCAACACAAGCCUCUACGAGCGCCACACGUUGCUCUCUACCACGGUGUUCGGUUGUUACCUCAUGGUCAGCGAAGUGGGCUUCAAUCAGAGCACCUACCAGAGGUUCGCUUCUCUAAAGACCCUGCAAACAGCACAAAGACUAGUGCUGUUCUUCUUGAUUGGGCUGUAUUUGUUAUGGAUUAUGUUCUACUUCUCCGGGCUUGUCGCCUUCGCCACCUACAGCAAGUGUGACCCACUCACGUCAGGCAGGAUAUACAAACCUGACCAGAUUAUCCCGUUCUUGGUGUCUGACAAGUUGAGUCACCUGUCGGGGAUGUCUGGUGUCUUCGUCGCUGCUGUGUAUGGUGGUGUCCUCAGUACACUGUCCUCCUGUGGCAACUCUUGUGCUUGUGUAAUAUGGGAAGACUUCCUGAAGGACCGCCCUUACUGCCGCCGUCUUAGUGAUGCCAAAGCCACCAAUAUUAUCAAACUCCUUUCCGUGGGAUCCGGCCUGGCAGCCAUAAUCAUGAGUCUCAUGGUAGAGAAAUUGGGCAGCAUCCAUCACGUUGCCAGCAGCAUUCUUUCAGCUAUCACUGGACCUCUGAGUGGCCUCUUUAUCUCCGGAAUCUGUACGCCGUGGGUGAGCACAAAGGGUGCCAUUGUGGGUUUCCUCACCUCUCUCGUGUUUAGCGUCUGGGUUGUUAUCGGGAAGUUCUUGCGAGGAGGUGGCUCGCCUGCUAGACUUCCACUGUCCAUCGAGGGCUGCUCAGGAAACCUCACUCACUUCUUCAACACCACCGUCAAUAACUCUCUCACCAACAUCUUGCUGACUGAUGGUCACCGUGUCAACACUUCAGUCACUGAUGCUCUCCUUGUUAAUACAACAGCUGCCCAUGAGAUGUCAAGUAAAACCAUAUACGAGAUAUCCUACUGCUAUACUGGCGCUUUUUGCGUGGUGGUGACACUUGUAAUCAGCAGCCUCGUCUCUCUCUUCACUGGUGUCGUCCCGCCGCAUGAGACAGACGGGGUGAAUCCUGCUUUUGCCCGAGUCUACCAAAGAAUGUGGAACUUCUUCAGCGAUCGCAGCACCAGCAAGCAAGAGACUGUCACUGAGGAGGAAGCAGUGAACAUGUUGGUCUUACCAAACCCUAUGAACCUCAACACACCCUCCUAGUUGUUAUAUACUUGUAAACUUUCUUAAUAUACAGAAAUUUUAAACAAUCUCAAAACGGGAAUGUACCGUCGGAAAAGAACUUGACCUAUUCAUUUCGUGGAAGGCAAUGAAUCACUGCUGUUACACAUUAUAUAUGUAUUUUUACUAUGUACUAAGCGUUAGUUUUAACUCUGAGAUGUAUAACAUAAUAACAGAUGAAGAAUAAUAUAUAAAACUUACUCUC